AUGGAUACGCCAGUCAAAGGCCAGCUUCAUAUCGUGCUAUAUCGAGGAUUCCCAGUUUCUAAUACCUAUGUGUGGUCACCGUUUGUCACAAAGCUUGAAGCGCGCCUUCGAUUCGCCAAGCUCCAGUUCUGCAUCGACCAAGGUUCAAUGAGCAAAUCACCCCGUGGUAAAAUACCCUACAUCGAGAUCACCCACCCCAAUCAAGAUCAACCAACGACCUUGAGUGAUACUAGUCUCAUCAUUCAACGACUCAUCGACAAUGACGUUUGCCCAGACCUGAACGAAUCCCUUUCACCAGUCGUCAGGGCUCAAGAUGCUGCCAUCCGCGCCCUUCUCGAGGAUAAGCUAGCCUUCUACCAAAGCUCAGAGAGAUGGCACGAUAACUACGAAACCAUGCGUUCAGGUGUAAUGGGGGCAAUCCCAUGGCCAAUUCAACCCCUCAUUGGUCUCCUUGCCUAUCGUGGCGUGACUCGGACUCUUUAUGGCCAAGGCACUGGUCGUUUCUCCAGCGAAGAGCUUGCAGGAUUCCGGCGGGAUAUUUGGGGGCAUGUUAACGCACUUUUGAGCGAGGCUCGCCUUACAGCUCCUGACAUUCGAACCCCAUUUUGGGUUUUGGGUGGCAAGAGUCCCUCUGAGGCGGAUGCGACUGUCUUUGGCUUCAUUGCCUCAGGCCUGGGGUGUGCAGCGUGGGUCCCACCAUUCCAGUGCGAUGCUGUGCACGAAGAACUGACUAACAUGUUUGAUAAUAGGGCUCCGGAUAGCAAAGGUGUCAUCAUGAGUUUCCCUACUUUGGUCGACUAUGCGAAGAGAAUCCAUAACGUCUAUUUUGAGGAAUAUUCUUUAUGGGACGAAGAUGCGUGA